AUUCAUAAAAUGCUGUUAUAAAAGCCGCGGCUGCGGCGCCUCGUACUCCACCGCAUCUGCAACGAGCAGAGGAGAACCGAGACAGAGCCGGCGGCGCAGCUAGCGAGCGAGCGAGCGAGCAGUCCCCGCGCUCCCACCCAGCUCAGCUCCCAGCUCCCACUUGUCUCCACCCUCGGCCCCUUGCCUGCCUUUAGUCCCCACGACCAUGAUGUUCUCGGGCUUCAACGCUGAUUACGAGGCGUCCUCCUCCCGCUGCAGCAGCGCUUCACCUGCCGGAGACAGCCUCUCCUACUACCAUUCGCCCGCCGACUCCUUCUCCAGCCUGGGUUCCCCGGUCAAUGCGCAGGAUUUCUGCACAGAUCUGGCUGCCACCAGUGCCAACUUCAUCCCCACGGUGACUGCCAUCUCAACCAGCCCCGACCUGCAGUGGCUGGUUCAGCCCACCCUCAUUUCCUCCGUGGCUCCAUCGCAGACUAGAGCCCCCCACCCAUAUGGAGUGCCCACCCCCUCUGCUGGGGCUUACUCUCGAGCUGGCAUAGUGAAGACUACCGCAGGAGGCAGAGCGCAGAGCAUUGGCAGGAGGGGCAAAGUAGAACAGUUGUCCCCAGAAGAAGAAGAGAAAAGGAGAAUCCGAAGGGAGAGAAAUAAGAUGGCUGCAGCCAAAUGCCGAAACCGAAGGAGGGAGCUGACGGAUACACUCCAAGCGGAGACAGACCAACUAGAAGAUGAGAAAUCUGCUCUGCAGACGGAGAUUGCCAAUCUGCUGAAGGAGAAGGAAAAACUGGAGUUCAUCCUGGCAGCUCACCGACCUGCCUGCAAGAUCCCUGAUGACAUGGGUUUCCCAGAAGAGAUGUCUGUGGCUUCCCUUGAUCUUAGUGGGAGCCUCCAGGAAGCUUCCAGUCCGGAGUCUGAGGAGGCCUUCACCCUACCCCUCCUUAAUGACCCUGAGCCCAAGUCAGUGGAGCCUGUCAAGAGCAUUGGUAACGUGGAGCUGAAGGCUGAGCCCUUUGAUGACUUCCUGUUCCCAGCAUCAUCCAGACCCAGCGGCUCUGAGACCGCCCGCUCGGUGCCGGACAUGGACCUGUCUGGCUCCUUCUAUGCAGCAGACUGGGAGCCCUUGCACAGCGGUUCCCUGGGGAUGGGGCCCCUGGCCACAGAGAUGGAGCCCCUGUGCACCCCCGUGGUCACCUGCACACCUAGCUGCACUACUUAUACGUCUUCCUUCGUCUUUACCUACCCUGAGGCUGACUCCUUUCCCAGCUGUGCGGCGGCCCAUCGCAAGGGCAGUAGCAGCAAUGAGCCCUCUUCUGACUCGCUCAGCUCCCCUACACUGCUGGCCCUGUGAGCAGGCAAGGAAAGGGAGGCAGGGGGCACCCAUACAUGCCACUGCCUGAGUUGGUGCAUUACAGAGAGGAGAAACACGUCUUCCCUUAAAGGUUCCCGUAGACCUAGGGAGGACUUUAUCUGUGCGUGAAUCACACCAGGCUAUGGGCCUCAAGGACUUGAAAGCAUCCCACACCUGGACUCGAGUCCUUACCUCUUCCAGAGAUGUAGCAAAACGCAUGGAGUGUGUAUUGUUCCCAGUGACACCUGAGAGCUGGUAGUUAGUAGCAUGUUGAGCCAGGCCUGGGUCUGUGUCUCUUUCCUCUUUCACCUUAGUCUUCUCUUAGCAUUAACUAAUCUGUUGGGUUCAUUAUUGGAAUUAACUUGGUGCUGGAUAUUUUCAAAUUGUAUCUAGUGCAGCUGAUUUUAACAAUAACUACUGUGUUCCUGGCAAUAGUGUGUUUUGAUUAGAAAUGACCAAUAUUAAACUAAGAAAAGAUAUGACUUUAUUUUCUAGUAGAUAGAGCUAAAUAGCUAUCUAUAUCCAUG